AUGUUCAUUCCAAACGUUCCUGUCAUAGCAACUCAUUUAGGUAAAUGGGUUCGCAUUAGUCCUCAUAAUUUGAAAGACAUGCAAUUCAGACUUGUUGACUUUCAGGGCGAGCCUGUAGAACUGAAGGCACCAGUGCGAAUGACUGUUGAAGUUGACUUUUUAGAAAAUAUUAAAUGCAACAGCUUACAAGAGAACUCAGAGCUAAAAAUAUAA